AUGCUCGCCAACGACCCCUCCCAUCGUUGGGCGCUGGAGGCCGAUCCGGAGGUCAAGGCAAGGAACCGAUAUGUCAAUGUGCAGGCGUGGGCAAAUUCUCGUAUCCAUCUUCGGGUAAACGAUGGCGAGUGCGAUUUUAUCAAUGCUUCGCCCAUUACUCUGAAGGAUUCUGUGUCCCAGGAGGAGAGAAGGUAUAUCGCGACGCAGGGACCGAAAGUAGGAAAUAUCUCCCACUUCUGGCACAUGGUAUUCCAUGAAACGAAGGAAGUGGGUGUCAUCGUUAUGCUCACCCAGACGUUCGAGUCCGGACGAGAAAAAUGCUCUCAGUAUUUCCCUCUCAACAGCGAUAAUCCUUUGGUACUUCUGCGGGAAGACGAACGUGAUCCAUUUGUGAACAACGAGAACCACCCUACCGGAGAUGGAAGCGUCGUGGGCGCGGUUGCGCUGCUAGAGACCACUUUUGACGAGAAGUCUCGUUCCGAAAUCCGCAAGCUGCGACUCACUUUGGGUGCCGAAUCGAAGAUCGUUUGGCAUUUCCUCUUUGCUGGCUGGGCGGAUUAUUCCAAGCCUGAAGGCGAUGACCGCAGCGCUCUUCUUCAUUUAAUCGAGCAAUCAGGCUCCAAGAGCACCCCGGAUAACCCACGUAUUGUGCACUGUAGUGCUGGUGUCGGCCGAACAGGCACUUUCAUUGCCCUCGAUCAUCUCCUACUGGAGCUUCAAUCUGACCAGUUGUUGCAAGUCACUGACCCAGAGGUUGACCCAGUCUUUGAAACGGUCAACCAAAUGCGCGAGCAGAGAAUGAUGAUGGUCUACAAUGAGAUGCAGCUGCAGUUUAUUUACGAAGUCUUGCGAGAACAAACCGACCGGAAGCUUGGGAAGGUUCCUGAAAUCACCGGGCGAAGGUCCGAUGAGCGGUCGUCGAAAAUGGCUAAGUUAUCUACCGAGUCCGAAUACCUGCCUUCCUCGAAACCAGAACUGGAACCUGUCUCAGAUCGUACCUUCACACCAACCAGAAGCUGGUCGGGAACGCCAGAAGUCUCCGAUAACGAAUAA